AUGAACUUUGUGAACAAGGCCAGCAUGCAGAUGCUCCCCCUGCCAAAUGUGGUAAUGGUGAUGCAAAUGGUGGCAACGUUUAUCAUCCUUCACCCGCUGCUGGAGCUGGGGUACCUGGGCUUCCCUCGGUUUUCAUGGCAGACCUGCAAGCGCCUCUUUUGGAUUACUGUGCUGUACACGGCCAACGUCGGCUUUGCGUUAUUCGGCCUCAAGACGCUCAACAUCCCCAUGUAUAAUGUCUUGAAGCGCCUGACGCCGAUGAUUAUUCUAAUUGUCAAGGCUAUUUACAAGAAGCGCUGGCCGCGGCUGGAGAUUUCGUUGGCGGUGUUUCUCGUGGUGGCGGGCUGCGUUGUGGCGGGGAUUGGCGACCUGUCCUUUGACCUGAUGGGCUACGUGUUUGCGCUCAUGUCUUGCACCAUGCAGGCUGCCUAUCUUCUGCUUGUAGAGUUUCAGGGCGAGGAGGGCGUGAGCACGUCUGAGAUGCUCUACUACAACGCCAUUACUUCAGUGCCGUUCCUGCUGUUGGUGGUGGCGGGCACGGGCGAGGGGGCCAGGCUGACGACGGCCUACCAAACCGCUUUGGAGGUGCACGGGGCUGCGUCACUGUGGUUCACGCUCCUUUCCUGCUCGCUGAUGGGCUGCCUUUUGAACUACUCUUUGUUUCUGUGCACGGUCAACAACAGCGCAUUGACCACGACCAUUGUGGGGGUCAUUAAGGGAGUUGUGGCGGUGUUUCUGGGAUUCUUCCUGUUGGGCGGCGUCAAGUUCAGCGUCGUCAACGUGGCCGGCAUCACCCUCAACACCAUUGGUGAGUGUGAAGCCUCUGCUGCCUCCAGUGCUGCUGCUGCUGCUACUGCCGCUCACCUCCCCGCUAUAUCCAACACAUACACACAUACUGUACUUCGCCAUAAUGCCACGGCCGAUUUAGAGGAGGUUCUAACCACAUGUAGUUGGAUCCAUCACACGCUUGAGUAG